AUGGAAAAGAAAUCUACCACCACCACAAAGAAAGUAGCUAUUACUAAACCCGCAGCAGCAGUAGCAGAGAAGAAAAAGAGUAUAAAGAUAUCAACUAAAGUAGUCGAACCAAGAACUACUACUAUUGCACCUGCUGCAGCAGUUGCAGUUGAUGAUAAACCUAAAUCUAUUUUAAAAAAGGCUACUCCAGCUGCUACUACUACUACUGAAAAGAAAAAGACAUUGAUUACACCAGACUCUUCAUCACAAACAAAGGUAUCAAAAAAGAGUGCAUCAUCUUCAUCGUCGUCUAAAACAACAACCACAACAACCGAACAAGAUGAUGUCCCAGUUAUUACAAGUAAGCUUAUUACUGUUGGAUGUUAUGAAAACAGUAUUUUGGGGUUUGAAGCAAUCAAGUUGGCAGAUUACCCAGAGUUGGGCAACCCUGACGAUUUAGAGGUUCAUCUCGAACAGAUAUUUGCAUAUGCCUCUCAUUCAGGUUGCAUCAAAUCAAUUGCAUCUGGAUCUGAAUAUUUGGUUAGUUCAAGUACCGAUGAAACUGUAAAAGUAUACAGUUUAUCAAAGAGAGAAGAAUUUGGACAAUUGGUUAAACAUGAGGGAUUCAUUACAAGUUUGAAGUUUUACAAGAAUAGUCAUUUGAUUGCAUCGUCGCGUGAUCAUACGUUGAGCGUGUGGAAUGUCAAUGGAUGGGACUGCUUGAAGCAACUCAAAGGACACAAGGAUGCCGUCAAUUGGGUCAGCAUUCAUCCAUCGGGCAAGGUUGCAUUGAGUGUUGGCAAGGACAACCGUUUCUUUUUGUGGGAUUUGAUGAGAGGUGUUGCAGCACACUUUCAAAAGACCAAGGGUGAGCCAUUCCUCGUUGAAUGGUCCAAGUCGGGUGACCACUUUGUCAUUGCCUAUGCUGACCGUUUGGUCGUACACACUGCCGACGGCAAAGAGGUGCACACCUACCCCACCAAGCAACCAAUCCUCGCCAUCCACUUUUUCGACGACGACACUUUAGUGGCCGGUGGUGACGACAAGGUCAUCUCAUUUAUCGAUUACAAGUCUGGUAAAUUAAUCAAACAAAUCAAAGAGAUUGAUUCACGUAUCAAAGCACUCUCUUCAUUCUCGUUUGACCCACAAGACACCCCAUACCUAGUAUCACUCUCUUCCGAUGGUAAUAUUGUCAUUUGGAAUGUUGAAACUGAUAUGCCAGUUGGUUUUGCAGAGACUGGUGCUAGAUUAACUUGUUUAACAAUUAGUGAUGUUAUUAAAUCAACAGAAGAAGCACCUUCAAGAGAAUUACCAGAUGAAUUUAAACAAGAAGAGGAACAAGAGGAAGAACAAGUUGCAAAUGUUGGUCCAAAGAUGAAGGUUGAUAUUAAAUAUGACCAAGAAGAAGAAGAGGACGAAGAAAUGGGCGAACAAGCACAACAACAACAAAAACAAAAGACAAAGAAACCAAAGAAAUUGACAGAGGAAGAAUAUAUCGAUUAUAUGUUGGCUCAACCAACCAAAGAUACUAAAUCCAAAGGUAAAAAGAAAGUUGGAAUCAAGAAAAAUACCUUUAAAGGAAACAAACCAUCUAGCAAAAAAUAA